AUGGCUCCUCCAAUCUGGACUCUGGUGCUGCUGGUGGGGUCUGCAAUCUCAAGGAAAGAGAAGCCUCUGGAGCAGAAGCCAUUCACUCGCAGCUCUAGGGACAACUCCAUUAUCACCCACUGUAAUUUUGAGGACAACUCGAAACCCUUCUGUGAUUGGACACAAGUGUCCACAGAUGACGGGGACUGGACUCGAGCCAGUGGGCCCUCCCACACUGGCAACACCAGGCCUCCCGGGGGGUACCCCAAUGGAGAGGGUUACUACCUGCACAUGGACUCGAGCACCAUCCACCCGGGUGGGGUGGCCCGCCUGCACAGCCCCCCCAUAUGGGAGCAAGGCCCGCUGUGCGUACACUUCGUCUACCACAUGUUCGGACUGUCAUGGGGUGCCCAGCUCAAACUGCUGCUGUUCAGGGGCACCAAGAACAAGCAUCCCCACCUGCUCUGGAAACACAUUGACACCCAGAGCCUCUCCUGGAUGCCUACCACUGUCACUGUGCCCAAGGCGCAUACCCUGCCCAGCUGGCUGAUGUUUGAAGGCGUGAGGGGCAGCACUGCCUACCUGGACAUCUCUCUGGAUGCCAUCUCUAUCCAUCGUGGCUCCUGCAAUCAGCGCGGCUUCUACAUGCUCCUGGACCCUAAGAAUGCAAAACCAAGGCAGAAAUCUGUUCUCCAUAGCCCCCUGAGCCAGUCAUCAGGCUGUCUGAGCCUGUCUUUCUACUACACCCUCCAUGGCCGGUCUCCUGGAGCAGCCCUCACAAUCUAUGCUUCCGUCUUGGGCAGCAUCCGGAAACACACUCUUUUCUCAGGACAAUCAGGACCCAACUGGCAGCCAGUCUCUGUCAAUUACACAGGCCAGGGACAGAUUCAGUUUACCAUGGUGGGCGUGUUUGGGAAGACCCCAGAACCAGCUGUGGCAGUGGACGCAGUCAGCAUUGCUCCCUGUGGGGAGAGCUUUCCUCAAUGUGACUUUGAAGAUGAUGCCCAUCCUUUCUGUGGCUGGGCUCAGAUAUCAGGGGAUGGCGGACGCUGGACCCGCGGUAGUCAAAAUAUGCCCAUCCAGGGAACAGGCCCCUUCAGAGGGUCCCUUAACAGAGGUGGUAACUAUAUCUACCUUGAAGCAGACAGGUUCUCCCAGGCAGGCCAGUCUUUCAGGCUGGUGAGCCGGCCCUUCUGUGCCUCUGGUGCGAUCUGUGUGGAACUUGCCUACCACAUGUAUGGCCUCGGAGAGGGCACUAAACUGAAGCUCCUGCUGGGGAGUCCUGCGGGCAGCUCUCCAACUUCUGUCUGGCAACGUGUUGGGUCUCAGAGGCCUGACUGGCUGAAUGCCUCCAUCACCAUCCCUUCAGGACACCAACAGCCCAUGCAGCUGAUAGUUGAGGCCAUCAGGGGUACCAAUACUGCCUUUGUUGUUGCUCUGGAUUUCAUCUUUAUCAAUCAUGGGACCUGUCGAGGUAAGACAAAACCCAAGACCCCAGAAAGGGGGCCAUGCUGUGGGACAGGACCUGUGCCAACAGUGCUUCCUUCCAAAUCUCCAGUUCCCCCUACUGGCCACUCUGAAACUCCUGUCUCCACAGAAAAACCCAUGGUCACCACAGAAAAACCUAUGGCUCCCACAGUAAAACCCACUGUCUCCAGUGAAAUAUCCACCAUCCCCACGGAAAGUCCCAUGGUCCCCACAAAAACGCACACCAUCCCCACAGAAAAAUCCACCUUCACAGAAAAGCCCACCAUUUCCACUGAAAAGCUGACUGCUCCCACAGAAAAGCCCACAGUUCCCACAGAAAAACCCACUGUCCCACCUGAAGAGCCCACUAUCCCCACAGAAAAGCCCACUCUCCACAUUGAAAGGCCCACUGUCCCCACAGAAAAACCCAUUGUCCACAUUGAAAGGACUACUGUCUUCACAGAAAAGCCCACUGUCUCCACAGAAAAACCCACAGUCCCCACUGAAAAACCCACUGUCCUCGUUGAAAAUCCCACCAUCCCCACUGAAAAACUGACUGUCCCCACUAAAAGGUCCAUAGCUCCUAUGACACUCCAGCCCAACCCAACACUUGUACCCACUAGGCCUAGAGUCUUGGUGACGUCUUCUAAUGCUUCAAGUACCUCCAUGACCACUGUGACCCUGGCUACCACUGCAACUCCUAGAUCUACUCCAGCAAGCUGCCCCCCAAAGGCCCACUAUGAACCCUGCGCCUGCCUGGCAUCCUGCCAGAAUCCCAAGCCCAACUGCAAGCUCCUCUGCAAGCCCGGCUGUGUCUGCAAUUCUGGCUUUUUGUUUAAUGACUCCCACUGCAUCAAUGCAUCUUCCUGCAACUGCUUCUACAACAAUAAUUACUAUAAGCCCGGGGCAGAGUGGCUUAGCCUUAAUUGCACAGAACGUUGCCGUUGCUGGUCUGGCAGUCGGAUGGAGUGCCAGAUGUCUCAGUGUGGGACACACACGGUAUGCCAGCUGAAGAAUGGUCAGUACAGAUGUCACCCCUAUGGCACUGCCACCUGCUUUGUCUAUGGAGAUCCUCACUAUCUCACCUUUGAUGGAAGGCACUUUAGCUUCAUGGGCAAAUGCACCUACAUCUUGGCCCAACCCUGUGACAACUUGACAGAGCCCUUCUUCAGGGUGGCAGUGAAGAAUGAGGAGCGAGGACAGGAAGGCGUGUCUUGCCUGAGCAAAGUCUACGUGCGACUACCCAAGACCACCAUCACCCUGCUCAGGGGCAGGCGCACGCUGGUUGGGGGUCAACAAGUCUCCCUCCCAGCCAUACCUUCUAAAGGCAUCUUCCUGGCUCUAAGUGGACGAUUUGUGGAGCUGCAGACUGCAUCCGGUUUGCGUGUGAGAUGGGAUGGUGACCAGCAGCUGUUUAUGAGUGUGCCCAGCACCUACUCUAGCAAACUCUGUGGUUUCUGUGGCAACUAUGAUGGUGACAGUAGCAAUGACAACCAGAAGCCUGAUGGCAGACCAGCACGCGAUGAGGAAGAGCUGGGCAAUAGCUGGCAGACCACAGAGGAAGAGGAAGAGGAAGAGGAAGAGGAGUGCCAGAAGAACAAGAUGAGCCCUCCAUCUUGUGACUCAGCCUCGUGGAACACUCUGUCGGGGCCAGAAUUCUGUGGAAGGCUCGUGGUCUCCCACGGAGCCUUUGGGGCAUGCCUGCCUCAUCUCAUGGCCCCUGUCUUUUUCAACAACUGCAUGUUUGACAUGUGUAACUUCCAGGGGCUGCAGCGGAUGCUGUGUGCCCAUAUGGCGGCCUUGACUGAGACCUGCCAGGAUGCUGGCUAUGUGGUGAAGCCCUGGAGAGGACCCCAGUUCUGUCCUCUGGCCUGCCCACCCAACAGCAAGUACACCAUAUGUGCCAAGCUGUGCCCCGAUACCUGCCAUUCCAGGUUCUCUGGCAUGUCCUGCCAGGACCGAUGCGUGGAGGGCUGCGAGUGCAACCCCAGCUUUGUUCUCAGUGGUCUCCAGUGCGUCCCCCUCUCCCAGUGUGGGUGCCUUGACCUCACAGGCAGCUACUUCAUGGUAGGGCAGCAGUGGUUCAAACCAGGCUGCAGACAGCUCUGUAUCUGUGAGGGCAACAACAAAAUUCGCUGUGUGCUGUGGAGGUGCCAGGCGCAGGAGGUCUGUGGUUGGCAGGAUGGCAUCUAUGGCUGCCAUGCCCAGGGGUCUGCCACCUGCACUGUCUCAGGGGACCCCCACUACCUGACGUUUGAUGGAGCCCUGCACCACUUCAUGGGCACCUGCAGCUACACCCUGACCCGGCCUUGCAGGUCGAGGUCCUUUGAGAACUACUUCGUCGUGAGUGCCACCAAUGAGUUCCAAGGUGGGAACUUGGAGGUCUCCUAUGUGAAAGCCGUCCAUGUACAGGUCUUCAACCUCAAAAUCUCGCUGAUCAAAGGCCGCAAAGUCGUGCUGAAUGGUCGCCGGGUGGUCCUGCCUGUGUGGUCUGCACAAGGUCGGCUAUGCAUGAGACCCAGUGGUUCCUUUAUCCUCCUCUACACGGAUUUUGGGCUUCAAGUUCGCUAUGAUGGGAACCACUUGGCUGAAGUGACAGUGCCCUCCACCUACGCUGGCCGGCUCUGUGGGUUGUGCGGGAACUACAACAACAACAGCUUAGAUGACAAUUUGAAACCAGAUAAAAAGGCUGCAGGCAACUCCACCCAACUGGGGGUCGCUUGGAAGUCAAAUGAAUACUCUGAACCUGGCUGUUUCGUUGCUGGUGGCAAGCCUCCCAGAUGCCAGGGGAACGAAGUGCAAGACACCUGGAAAAACUGUGAUAUCUUAAUGAACCCUCUGGGACCCUUCUCCAAGUGCAAUGGGGUGGUACCCCCGCAUUCCAGCUUCGCCAGUUGUGUGCAUGGCCAGUGUGGGACCAAGGGUGAUGCCCUGACCCUGUGCCGCUCCCUGCAGGCCUACGCAUCUCUGUGUGCUCGUGCCGGCCAGACCCCUCUCUGGAGGAAUAGCACCUUCUGCUCUCUGAAGUGCCCAUCCGGCAGCAGCUACAACCCCUGUGCCAACCCCUGCCCAGCCACCUGCCUCAGCCUAAACACCCCACGAGACUGCCCGGCAGCACUGCCCUGUACCGAAGGUUGUGAGUGCCAGAAAGGCCACGUCCUGAGUGGAACCUCCUGUGUGCCCCUCAGCCAAUGCGGCUGUACCGAUCCAGGGGGCUCCUACUACCCGGUCGGGGAGAGCUGGUACACGGACAACACCUGCUCCAGGAUCUGCACCUGUUCCACUUACAACAACAUCUCCUGCUUCCAAACCUCCUGCAAGCCUAACCAGAUGUGCUGGCCCCUGGAUGGGCUGAUACGCUGCCGGGCUGCGGGUAUGGGAGUGUGCCGGGUCUCAGACAACUCUCACUAUGUGAGCUUUGAUGGCAGUCAACAUGCCAUCAGGAGCACCUGCACUUACGUCCUGGUGAAAACGUGCCACUCCACCAUGGACUUGCCUUUCUUCAAGAUCAGUGGCAAGAAUGGGAAAAGGGAAGGCCAAACCCCCACUUUCUACCUCCACCAGGUCAACAUUGACAUCUUUGAUUCCCUGGUCACCCUGAAAAAGGGCCAUCAUGUGAUGAUCAAUGGCAAGCAGGUCACCCUUCCCUCGACUAAUCAGAUCAGAGGUGUCAGCAUCUCUGCCAGUGGGGUCUACACCAUGCUCAACAUUCACAUUGGGCUGCAAGUCAAGUUUGACAGCAAUGGGUUCUUAGAGAUCGAACUCCCUAGAGCCUAUUAUGGAAAGGUCUGUGGCAUAUGUGGGAACUUCAAUGGUGAGGAAGAGGAUGAACUAAAAAUGCCCAGCGAUGAACUAGCCCAGAAUGACAUUGAAUUUGUGAACAAUUGGCAAGAUAAGGAGGCCGACCCAAAUUGCCAACAAGAUGACCAAAAAGAUGACCAAAUGAAGACCAAAGCAGAACAGCAGGAGAAGACGGAUGCAAACUGCAGGCCAGCUGACCUAGUGAGAGCCCAGGAGCAAUGCCAAGUGGCCUUUCAGGCCCUGGCCUGGGCUAAGUGUGCUACUCGCGUGGCCCUUAAGCCCUUCCUGUUCGACUGUGCACAUAAUCUCUGUGAGUCUGGAGGCCUAAACCGUACCCUCUGUGAGUCUCUGCAAGCCUUUGGAGCCGCCUGCCAGGCCCAGGGGCUUAAGCCCCCAGUCUGGAGAAACAGCAGUUUCUGUUCUUUGGAAUGCCCCACCCACAGCACCUACAUGACCUGUGUUCCACCCUGCUCACCCUCCUGCUGGGACCUGCAAGGUCAGUGCAAGGACGCCAAAGUGCUCUCCACUGAGGAGGGCUGCAUUUGUCAGCCUGGCUACUAUGAGCUCAGUGAACAACAAUGUGUUCUCAGGACUCAGUGUGGCUGUAGGGACGCCCAGGGAGGCUCCCUCCCCGUAAAGAAGACCUGGCUCUCCAGUGGCUGCACCCAGAGCUGCAUAGCAGGAGCCAUUCGGCACUGACCCUUCAUCUGCCCCUCUGGCUCCCACUGCCAGCUCAACUCCAAUGGCAAUGGCAGGCGCAACCCUGACAGUAAGGGGGAACAAUGCUCAAUUUUUGGGGACCCCCAUUACUGCACAUUUGAUGGCGUCAGCUACAGCUUCCAGGGCUGUAUGACCUACACUCUGAUUAAGACUGUGAACAUGCUCUCCGAUGGCGUAGCCCCCAUGGUCAUGGAGGGACACAACAAGAUGUAUAUGCCCUUCAACCUGAUCUUCCUGCACAAAAUCAUCGUGAUGGAUUAUGGCUAUACAGUCUAGCUCUAGGCUGAACUGCAGCUUGUGGUCAACAAGAAGAAGACGGCCAUCCCCUACAACUCCAAGCACCUGUGGGUUACCAUGCAGGACCGCUGGCUGUAUUUGGUCACUGACUUUGAUCUGGUCAUCAGCUUUAAUGAAAAGAACAAUGCAGUGAUCUCCUUGCCUAGCAUGUACCAGGAGCUUGGGAAUGGCCUGUGCGGGAAUUUUGACAAGAACUGGAAGUUUAUGCUGCCCAGUGGCGCCCUCACUCAGAACCUCAACAAUUUCAGCAACAGUUGGAAAUUUAAGAUGAAGGGAGGCCUCGCCCACUUCUCAAGGGCCAUCCAAGAGGAGAAGGAAGGAGAAGAGUCAGGCUUCAAUGUGUCAGAAUGCCGCCUGGAGCAGCUGGAGUUCCUCAACAGCACCCAGGCGUUUCGGGUGCUGGUGGACCUCCAGGGCCCCUUUGCUGCCUGUCACCAGACGGCUCCAGAGCCCUUCCAGAAGCACUGUAUGUUUGAUAUGUGUGUCACUUGGGACCCUAAAGAGCAGGAAGAGCUGCGCUGCCAGGUCCUCAGUGGGUAUGCCAUCAUCUGCCAGGAGGCAGGCAUUUCCUUGGCCAGCUGGCAGGACCACACCCACUGUGAAAGCCCAUGUCUAUGGAACCCCUGUCAGAAUGACGGGUGAUGUCAGGAGCAGGGCACCCACUUCACCUGUGAGUGUGGACUUGGUUAUAGGGGAGAUGUCUGCACAGAGCCUGAGGAUGUGCCACCUCCCGAAAAGCCAGGUACCAACUUUGUGGCCAUCUUGUUGGGAAUGCUGGUGCCUGGGGUGGUCAUAGUGCUGGCAGUGACCAGAGAAUAUGUUUCCAGGAAGAGGAGGAGGGAGAAAAUGCAGAGCCAGAACAGAGACAGGCUGGCAGGCACAGGGCUUAAGGAUUACUACGGCAAAUGA